CAAGUUGGCAACUCCCGAACAAAGGUCUCUACAGGACUUGCCUAACGUAUCCACACACCCCACCUUAAAUUACUAAUCGAUUCCGGAUCAGGUAUGGAAAGGGAAGAACCGGGGAGCCCGAACGAAGGAUCAGAACAAGAUGCCACGGAAGGCAUCGACACCAACCACUCUGAGUCCUCUUCGCCGCUUCCGAGUGCAACUCAAAACCAAGACCAACAUGAGAGCGCAAAGCCCGCUACUUCCGUUUGGAAAGGCCUUUCGGAAAUAAUGUCCAUAGUAUUGGGACGAAUCGAUGACGGAAGAGACACGAAAUCAAAAGAGAGACCGGACACUGUUCUUCGUCCGAAAGGCGCAGAGGAAGUCGGCGACCCGUCUACCCUGGAAGCUAAUGAAGAAAAAGUCGCAGCCAAGCCACAAGAAAGUGAGAUGCCCAACGCUACCUUUCCGAAUAGCGGAAAGCUCGUUCGAAAAUUUGCAGUCAAGCGGAGUUUGGGUCGGGCUCUAAGCCAAAUCGACAAUCCGGAAAAGGAGCAGCAAAACAAGCGUUUGGGCGAGCAAACCACCCAACCAGAUGACAGAAUAUCCGCAAACUUUGAGAAAGAGGAAAACCUUCUUGAAGAGAGGAAUUCUACAGCGAGGGAGCUGUUGGAGCAAGAAUGGAAUGAUGAUCAGGACGAGGAUGAUGAUAGGAUUGCUCCAAGCAGCGUCGAGCGGACAAUAGAAGAGGCCAACGAUACUGCAUCUGACGCGGAAAUGACUACCGCAGAUCCUCCACAAUCUAAUCAAGAUCGCCAAAUGAACCAAAUUACAGCAGCAGUUGACUUGGUCAUUGACUCGCUCACUACUGGUCCAUGGCCAUCACCGCCGCGAUGCGUGGAUCCUGCCUCUGUUUCGCGCCGGGCUCUAGAUAUGAAACGAGCUGAGAUGGAAUUGGACUUGCAUGAACAGCAUUUAUCCAUGGUGUCGGUCUCACUGCACCAGUUUGCCACGGACGUGAUUGCGCCAGCUAUGAUAGCAGGUGGAGUGACGAAGGACGAUGAUUUGAGGGUAUUCCUCGGAACGUUGCUGAUUUUGAGGGAAGUGCUCACGACUAACGCUCGAGCAAUUUUCGGUGCUUCGGCUAUAGUAUCCGGAUCUGAGCCUGACUUCUCUCACCGUUUUAAAAAGACGAAUACGAAUUUGGGUCGUCGCGAAGAAUUUGCGUUGUUCGGAGCCCGAAUUUUGGCUACCUCAGUAAUUUUGGCCGGGCUCGAUGGGCUAGACGAUGAAGAUUCUGAAUCACUGGCAGCAGAGUUUCUUCGCCGAGCUAAAAUGUACGACAAUGGCGACGAAGAAUUUUCAGACAAUUUGAUCCGUAUUGACGGUAGUAAUAGAGCUUAUCUUCCAAACGGCUCUCCGCUCCCUCCGGAGGAGAGGAUUGCUUGGCAAGUCAGUUUCAAGUAA